UAUUAGUUUAUAUUUGUAUGCUCAAUUUGGCUUAUUUGCAAAGUAUCAUUUAGGUAUAUUGUUUCAAAAUGCUGCUGUUUAUUUAUAUAUUGUAUAUUGUAUAUAUACAAUUAUACCCACUUUCUGUUAUGCUCUUAUAAACAUGGUGGCCUGAGAUAAUGUUUUAAAUGCACUUUAAAACUGAAGAUGAAAAGCCUCUUAUUUAAUCCUUAUAUAGUGCUUUGAUUAAUUAAAUCUUGAGUAUUUUGCCCACCCAGAACUUGAUUCCUCUUUUUUUUUUUUUGAGUACUACUAACUCUGUUACAAUGUAGUAUCUGUUCAUAGCUACUUUCUCAACUUACUGAAGCACAACGAGUCAACAAUUGCCUCUAGCCUCUACUGAGGCUCGAACCAACUCCCAUCAUCCAUAUGGGAGUGUUAAUCGGGACACGGGAUGCCACUUGACCACAAGGUCUUUGGCCAGAACUUGAUUCCUUGAACAUGCUUGUUUUGACAACCUAUGUUAUCUUUAAGAAAAAGGAAAAAAAAAGGGUGGUGUGGCAGGACCUGCCUAGCCCGCGGGACAGGAGUGGGGCGGGGUGGGCCAGCAAAACUUAGGCCUGCUGGCUUCCAGCUUACUGGCCGUUUUGACUGCUCAACUCCUCUCUUUUGGAAUCUCAUCUCUUGAAUCGCACUUGCACUUCACAGAAUGGACGGGGAUGCAACAAACAUCCUGAAUAUUCCUCAUGGACUCUAUGAAGAUCCUCAAUACUAUCAGAAACCCCACAACUCCUCAGGAGUAUUAGAACCCCUCAAUGGACUCUUCCUCUAACAGGUUGGCAAAUACAAAUCCAUUACCAAAAAAGAAAUUAUGCAUUUGAAAUGCACAGUCCCUCAAUGGACCGUUUGAAAGAUCACAUUUUAAGGCGAGGGAUAGAUUUAGAAGGUUUGAAGAUUACAUAUAGAGAUUUGCAGGGCAAAAAUACAAGCAUUGUUUGUGAUGAAGACCUGGCGCAUUGUUUCGAGUGUUUAGGUGCUAUUCGACUAUAUCACAUCCACCUAAGACUAUCAAGACGCACAGGCCGCAGUCAUCGGACGCAGCAAUGCAAGGGCAAGUGGACAACUGCCCGACUGCAACUCUUUCAUCCCAUCUCCGGAAACUGGCGUCAAUCUCCCGCGAGCAGCGACAACAGGAGGAUUCUGAAAGAGGAGAUUAAGCUGGAGCCGUAACUUAUUUCAUUUUAUGUUUUUAUGCUAUUAUUUUUGCAUUGUGGCUAUUAAUAAGUUAAAACUUAUGUUGUAAACUUGUGUUGAAUUUUUAAACUUACUAGUAUUUCACCCGUGCUCGCACGGGAUGUGAAGUAUAAAAAUAAAUGUUAUAAUUAAAUGAGUUAUCGAUA